CAACCUCAACGCAGUACCCCGGAACGUGUAUUCAUUUCACUCAGAGCUUUAUCCGGGUUUGGACCAUAGUUUGCCAUGCCAGAGUUUGACAGUUCAGCUCUGCAAGUCAAAGAAGAAGGUAGGCCUAGACUCUAUUUAGAUUAGAUCAACCGUCACAGGACAUUCUUUCCGUUCAACGCUAUUAUUUAUUCACGGAGUCGACUAGGAUUUACAAUAUUUAUUUUAAGUGGAAAACAAAGUUUCACCCAACUGGUAAAGUAAAAGAGACCACUUCAGACCGAAAUUGGAAUAGUCUGUCCAGUUGCUCGUGCAUAGAGAUUUGUAGAAUAUCGUUACAAGGAAAUAGGCACGUGCGUUUCGGCGAAACUAAAUAGUGCUAUGAACGCGUUCCAUUGAGCUCAAGUUGACAUUUUGCUGCGACCAAGAAUCAAGGAAGAGGUCGAAGACGGAUGUAUCACAAUGCAACUUCAUUUACGCUUUAGAUAAUAGCUUUGGACGAGCACUUAUUGGGUUUAGUACCUGAUUGUGUUUAGUAGGCUGCCUGGGAAAAUGUACCUCAUCUUUUUCUACUGACUUCUUGUAGUUGACAAACCUACGGCGUCUUUAACGCAGGGCGACGACGCAAAACAGGAUAUUGUGUUUUUUGUCACCACAUUGGAGUAGAGGACAACCUAAAAGGAUUAAAUCAUAAUGGGGACUCAAGGACCAGGACGAAAAAGAAUCCCCAACAAGGGGCUGACAGCUGAAGAAGAUGCCUUGAAUGUAAUUGCGCGAGAGGCUGAGGCCAGGUUGGCUGCCAAGAGGGCUGCGAGGGCAGAGGCCAGAGAGAUCCGCAUGAAGGAGCUGGAGAGACAGCAGAAAGAGAUCUAUCAGGUCCAGAAGAAAUACUACGGACUGGACAACAACAAAGACAGCAAAUGGGGGGACAUUGAGCAGUGGAUGGAGGACAGCGAGAGGUACUCUCGCCCUGCGCGGAAGCAAACCUCGCUCUCCGAUGAUGAGGAGCGCAUGUCCGUCAGCAGCCGGGGGAGUGUACGGUCGGAUUUGGAUGCUGUUGGAGCAUAUGGAGGACUUGGGAGUGAACUGGGCUCGACGUCAUCCCACUCGCACAAGAAGUCCAAAAAAAAGAAGAAAAAGCAUUCGAAAACUAGCAAUGGCUGUGAUGAUGAUUACAGUAUGCUGUCUGGCUGGAGCUCCAAACUCAGCGAUGACAGUCGUGUCGCUCGCUCCAAACUCAGCGAUGAGAGUCGGGUCUCUCGUUCCAAACUCAGCGAUGAGAGUUGGGCGCCUCGCUCCAAACUCAGUGACGAGAGUCGGGUCUCUCGUUCCAAACUCAGCGAUGAGAGUUGGACGCCUCGCUCCAAACUCAGCGACGAGAGUCGUGUCUCACGUUCCAAGCUCAGCGAUGAGAGUUGGGCCUCUCGCUCCUCCAGACUGGACCUGCAGCCGGGCUCGCUAGGGUAUCGCUCGGCUGAUCUGUACAGCAACAGUAGUGUUCCUUCCUCUAGGCUGCCCAGCUCCGGCUACAAUGGCUAUCAGGGCUCUCUGUAUGACGAAAGCCUCUGCAGUAGCAGCAGCACCCGACGCCUUGUUGCACGUGAAAUACAGUCAGAGUACUUGGCCGCCACCUCCAGUUCCAGGGCGUCUUCCAGGGCCAACUCUGCCCGUACCAGCCCAGUGGAGGACUGCGGCGGCUCGGUGGCCAGCUUCCUGCGCAGCGCUGCCAGCACCAGGGACCUGGACGACAUCACCAUCCCAGACCUGGCCAGCGUGGAUGAUCGGCUAGACAGAGACUACUUGGAGAAGGGGUCUCGAGCGUCCACCCUGUCCUCCGCCACCCUUGCUUCUCUAGGGGGCAGCUCCUCUCGCCGGGGAAGUGGGGACACCUCCAUCACCGCAGAUACCGAGAACUCCGUACGAGAGAUCAAGGAGAUUCACGAGCUUAAGGAUCAGAUUCAAGAUGUGGAGUCCAAGUAUUUGCAGAGCCUCAAAGAAGUCAAGGACGCCCUGGCGGAGAUGGAGGAGAAGUACCGCAAGGCGAUGGUGUCCAACGCCCAGCUGGACAACGAGAAGUGCAACCUGAUGUACCAGGUGGACGUCCAGAAGGACUCGCUCACGGAGCUGGAGGAACUGCUGUCCGAGUCGCGUAGAGAGUACGAGGACAAGACCAAGGAACUGGAGCGGGAGAAGCAUGCCCACAGCAUACUGCAGUUCCAGUUCAGCGAGCUCAAGCAGACACUCAAGGCCAGCGAGGAACUACUGACUGAGAUUCGUCAGCUUAAUCUGCAGCACGACGGCUUUCGCAGGGAGGUUGCCGACCUCCAGGAAACUUUGGAAUGGAAGGAUAAAAAAAUUGGGGCCUUAGAAAGGCAGAAGGAGUAUACCGAUGCGAUCCGGAAUGAGCGCGAUGAGCUCAGGGAUGAGGUUGUCCAACUGAAGGAUAUUUUGAAGAAACAUGGUAUUGUGCUUGGACCAGACCUGAACCCCAACGGCGAGAUUGGAGAGGGCAUGCUUGAUGGGACAGGGGAUGCCAAAACGUCGCCCACAGAAGGAACGAGCGUACUUGGCAGUGGUCAGGAGAAGCAGUCUGGAGUUGCGAAGGCGGCUGAGAGAUUGCAGCCAAAUCAGCUGGAUGAGGCAGUGUCCCCCCAGAACCAUGUGACCUCAUCCCCACCUCCCACCAGUGGCCCCCCUACUGGAAUUGGUUUAGAGGCCCGCCAAUCAAAGGAGCCAGACGCUCCACCAAUAGGAGAUGAGGAAGAGAUCGAGUCAGGGCCUCCUGUUCAAACUCAAUCAAUUGAAUCACACAGUGGCAGAGAAGGUGACCAGAGUUCAGAGGUUGCAGGAAGUGAUAUAGAAGGCUAUAAGUCUGUUGAGGGUGGGAAAGAAAUGCGUAGCCCUGUAUCCGUUGGGCUGGAUAUAUCAGCAGAAAGGCAGGUAGAUCAAAAAGUUGAGGAGGUCUGUGCCACAGAGCCUGUGGCCGAUAUUACAAGUGAGAAUGGAACGUUUGCUGGAGAGGCAGAGGACAAAUCCUCUGUUCCUGAAAUUAUUGUCAGUGUUGUCACCUCCGAGCAGUCUGAGGAGGCAUCAUCAGAGAUCGCUUCAGAGAAUGCCGGUGAUGGGUCUUCAACUGUGGCAGCAGCAGAGCAAGAGGCACCAAGCAAAGCCAAAACUGAGGCAGAGACCACACCAGUCAGUGAGGAGGAGGAAGAGACUGCUGCCUCACAGACACCUGCCAAGUCCCAGCAACCUCAGACUGCCAGUGCCUCUGGUAAGAAGAAGAAGAAAAAGAAGAAGAAGAAUAAACAGAAGCAAAAGGGAGGAGCACAGAGCGAGGUGAAACAGGACGACACCAAAGAAUCUAAAACUAAGGGGGAGAGCUCAGAGAGUGAAGACCCGGGACAGAAAACCAAAGAUGACAAAGUAAACAAGUCUUUAGCAGAAAGCGAGGUACAACAAGAUCAAGACACAAAGCCCAGGGAGGACCCUGUACAGAUGAUGGAAGACCCUGAACAGAAAAUCGAAGAAAAGCUCGUAAGAGAGGAUGGAGAAACGGAGAAGGAUGCAGCAUCAACAGAAUUCGUCGCUCAGUCAAAUGCAGACGAGCAAACUGUGGAGCCAAUCCAAGAAUGUGCUGAGAAUUGUACAGUCCAAUCUGACGCCCCUGAGAUCACCACAGAGGUGCAGAAUGAUACAACAGACCAGUCAAAUGCAGUUGAACAGGAAAAUACAGAUGCCUCUUUGAGUACACCAGAGUUCGCUACAACAGACCAGUCAAAUGCAGACGAACAGGAAAAUACAGACGUCUCUUUGAAUACAUCAGAGUCUGCUACAAAUGCCUCUGAAAGUUGUUCAGGUCAACAAGCUGAAGUGGAUGACCUCCCCAGUGAAACUCUUCAGAAUGCACAGCCGCCCCCCACUGAUCCUGAUUCCCAUCCAUCUGAGUUACAAUUGAAUGGAGAACAUCGAAGCGUAGGAGGAGCAGACGUUCCAGAAGUUGACCAAUUAGAUGGCUGCACUAAUAAUGAGGUAGCUGAGGGCUCCUGCUCUGCUCUGCUUAUAGACUCCCCUGGUGCAUCAUGUCAGCUUGGGGUCUCUGAAUCAGCUGAGACGAGUCAAACAGAUGUCUUGUCAUCCCAUGCGGAAGAAGAUGGCGAAAUUGCAGAGGGCACGACAACAGACAUGGCGGGAAACGGCACCGAAACGGAACCGGAAGACGAACCAGAGGUUGCUGCCACUGAUGAGUGCAUGCAGGUUGAAGACAGAAGCAGUCAACUCCUGAGUUCAGUUGAUGGGGAAAGAGAGGGAGAGGUGGCCAAUCAAAACCAGGCUGCUGCCCCUGCUCUCUCUGAUGAUGAGGGCAUUGAAAACUUAAGUGAAGCGGACGAGGAAACUAAUAACGACAUACCCGAGUCAAGACCUGUUGACGCAGGAGGAGAUGAAGAAGAUGAUGAGGGGGAAGAGUUUCUAUUUGAUGACCAGGGCCAAGGGAACAAUGGCAGCCCUGAGCAGGGCAAACCUCAGCAGGAGCGUCUAGUGGAAGGCGAGACAGACCAAUCACAGCAUCAAGAGGGUGCUGCUGACCCAAUCAAGGAGGAGCAGAGUGAUGAGGCCCAAGAGGGGUCAAAGGUCACCGUAGUAGAACAGGAAGAGGAAAACGGCACAGGAGAAGGAGUACAGGAACACAGAACAGAGGAAGCUACUCAGGGGGACUCUCCCGCUUCAGAGCUGGAUCACAGCCAAACAAAGGACACAGAACAGCAGCCAUCAGAUAGCAGCACAGAGGUGAAGCCUGAGGCAGUAGGAAAAGAGGAGGUAGCUUCAAGCACCAAAGGCCAAACAGGAAGCGUAGAGGAUGUGGGUCAGUCCGCAGGGGUAGUAGAGGCAGGAGAUCAGGGAGCGCCAGCCAGGAAAGACUCUAAAAAAGGAGGAAAGAAAAAGGGCAAAGAGGAAUGUAAAAUGUCAUAGUGUACUCCCAUGCUUGCUUGAGUUGUAUUUGUCUGAGUGUCUAAAGUAUGCACAAUCAGGGAAGCCAACAGGGUGGGACAAAGGGGUCAGUUGUCCCAAACCCAGGGAGAGGGGGUCUUUAUUACAUUGUCGUUGUCCCAGGCAAAAGCUGUCAGCUGCAGUGUGCACAAUUAAAGUGACUUGAAUUGUAAUGCCAUAAAUUAAAUAGACAAUUUCAAGCAUAGUCAUGUAGAAGUACUCUGUCACUGUCUUUGAACAGUUAUGAAAGAUUGGUAUGCAUUGGAUGUUUUUGUUGUUGAUGAAAUAACACUUUUAAACCAGUAUUUUGACUUCUUUGACUGGAAAUUCUUUUUAUAUGGUUUUGUUAUUUCUAGUGCACACACUGUGUGUGUAAGCACGGCUUGACAUUUUUAUUCAGAAGGUCAAGGGAAAUGUUAACUAAUGCUUCAGUGAUUAAUGUAGAAUGGAGCACAUACAAUCCAGUAGCUGAACUUAUUUAUUGCACAAUUCUGCCCCCGGGUUUUUAAUUUUCACAAUUUAUUUGUACCUUGAUUAGGUUGUUUUGAUGCUAAAUGCAACUCUGUAUAAAAAUACAUUCCUAGAUAUGAAUGGACUGUACAUUGCACUGUCUCAUAACUGAAGUUUACAAAACUACAAAUCAUUUCAGUAAGUGAAAGUCUGUUAGCAAGUGUGGGUUUGUUUAUAGGGGUGAUGUGGCUGUAGGACAUUCUGUGUAUUUAAUAUGAAAAAUGGCCAAAUACAGUUUUAGUUAGAGUAUUAGUAACAUCCCAAGGCUUUUGUGUCCUGUAACAUUCCAUUUCCAUCACAUCAUGAAAUCUGUUGGUUCUUAGGUAAGGUAGUUUUACCCGUAGGACAAAUACCUUAAUAUGGUAUGCUGCAUCCAAAGUUUGGUCUCUGUGUUCUUCUGAUAUUACUCAAUGAUGAAAAUAAAGUCCCUUAUCUUAUCUUCAUCCAGGGUCUUGUUUAUUACUACAUUUUAAAGAAUAUUCUAUCAUUGACAGUCACGGAUAAUUGUGAUAGGGCUGCAUUAUGUUUGUAGAAGAAAACAGUGCAUAUACAGAACACACCAAGACACAUUUUUAAUGCUAGUCUACAGUUAAGUUCAACAGUUACUCUAUCACACAAUCCAUUUCCAUCUACUGUACCUGUGCCAACUGAUGAAUGCAUCCUCAGAUAAGCAUGUCUGUGUUUCCAUGACAAUACUGUGGAACUUGCAUGUAGAGCUCCCCAUCACUACUAUCCCCGGCCUCACAACCUGCUACCCACCCCUCUCCUCACUAAACAAACAUAGUAAGACCCGACUUGACGCUGGCGUUAUACGUAGUAUGACAUCACGGUGUCAUUACAGUGUCGUGACACAUGGACAUGUCAUAAACAUUAUAACUUUUCACAACAUUGUAAACGUUAAUGACAAUGUUUGACUCGUUCAUGACUGUGUCAUGACAAUGUUUUGACACUAUUAUGACACUUUCAUGUCAUUCGCAUGACGCUGGCGUCACGUUAAGUGUUACCAAACGUAGUCCUAUUUGCAUGUUGUGGCCCAAACUCUCCCCCAUUCCGUGUCUCUGGCUUCCCCCAUCCUGGUAUGUGAACACCAUUUCUGCAUUCUCAUCUGUGUCUAUUUUGUCCUUGUGUUUAAGUAGUGUUUGUGUUUCUUACCGAUAUGUGAAAAGACAUACUUUAAUAUAUUCAACGUAAUGUCAUAACAGUAUACAAAAAGAUUUUUCAUGUAUCUUGACUCACAUAAGAUUUUUUUUUUUAAUUAUUGGCUGUUCUCUGUAGUAUGUUUUGAAUAUCCUUGAUGAUUCAUUGUUGACUAUUUUAAAGGUAUUACAGCCUGUUUUCUGGGUGUCCUCUGAUGCACACUAAUCUUUU